GAAAUUGAGCAGUGAACUUUUAAAACUCGCUCUGCUAGCAGCGGUCUUGCCGCCCAUGUUCCCAGAGCUCAAACGGCUACUUGUUCCCACAAUCCUCCGCACAUUUCACGCGUGCAAUCAUUGAAAAUGAAUGUAUCAAACGUCAAACCAAGGACACCAGCGUACCAAAUUGAGUGUGGAACUCAGAGCUCAAACGGCUACUUAAGGUACUCGCGCGGUUUCAAGGUUCAGUGAGGAGAAUAGAAACAUCAAAGGCUUUUAAAAUUGUAUCGAUUUUAAACGAUAUGGCAAAAGGAGAGGGUGCGGAGCAAUAUGCCGCGGCAAGUCUAUUACCAACAAAACCAAUAAGUCAAGAUGGAAUCAAAAUUGCCAAGCGGAGGGACAACAAUGGCCAUCUGUCAAUGUGCAGUAAGUUGUGCUAUGCCAUCGGAGGGGCUCCCUACCAGAUCACAGGAAGCGCGUUGGGCUUCUUUCUCCAGAUCUACCUGCUGGAUGUGGCCCAGCUGGACCCAUUAUAUGCCUCUAUCAUCUUGUUUGUGGGCCGGGCCUGGGAUGCAGUGACGGACCCAACGGUGGGCUUCCUGGUUAGUCGGAGCAGAUGGACCAGGUGUGGCCGGAUGAUGCCCUGGAUCCUCAUCUCUACUCCGUUUGCAGUGCUCACCUACUUUCUGAUCUGGUAUGUCCCUCCGGUGGAGCAGGGGAAGGUCCUGUGGUACCUGGUCUUCUACUGCCUCUUCCAGUCUCUGCAGACGUGUUUCCAUGUGCCGUACUCAGCGCUCACCAUGUUCAUCAGCAUGGACCAGAAAGAGAGGGACUCUGCCACUGCCUACCGUAUGACAGUGGAGGUGCUGGGAACAGUGGUUGGCACAGCAAUCCAGGGGCAGAUUGUGGGCGGGGCGAUCGCCCCCUGUCUCCCAGGUGACCUGGAUGUCCUUGACAACGGUAACUCCACACUGCUGGGGUCAGACUUCAACAUCACCCACAUCUCCCUGGAUGAAACGAAACAAGCCUACCUCAUCGCCUCAGCAGUCAUCUGUACCAUGUACGUUCUCUGUGCUGCAGUCCUGUUCCUGGGUGUCAGAGAGCAGGAAGAGUGUGGGCGUCUGAAGACAGAACCCAUGUCGUUCUUUGAGGGCGUGAGGAUGGUGAUGGGAUAUGGGCCGUAUGUCAAACUGGUCAUGGGAUUCCUCUUCACCUCGCUGGCUUUCAUGCUCCUGGAGGGGAACUUUGCCCUGUUCAUCACCUACACCCUGGGCUUUAGAAAUGACUUCCAGAACAUUCUGCUGGUCAUUAUGCUCUCUGGGACUUUGUCCAUUCCAUUCUGGCAGUGGUUCCUGAUCCGAUUCGGGAAGAAGACUGCCGUCUACAUUGGCAUCACGUGGGCAGUGCCAUUCAUGAUCCUGAUCGUCUGCAUAGAAAGCAGUCUCAUUGUGGCCUAUGUGGUCUCUGUGGCUGCAGGAGUCAGUGUGGCUGCAGCUUUCCUCCUACCUUGGUCAAUGCUUCCAGAUGUGGUGGAUGAUUUCAAAGUGAAGAAUCCAGACUCUAGUGGCCAUGAGGCCAUUUUCUACUCCUUCUAUGUUUUCUUCACCAAGUUUGCCUCAGGAAUCUCCCUCGGCAUCUCGACCCUCAGUCUAGACUUUGCCGGCUAUGUGACCAGAGGCUGCUCACAACCCGACGCAGUGAAUUUAACCCUGAAGGUGCUGGUCUCUCCUGCUCCUGUUGUUCUGAUAUUCCUGGGGCUGUUUAUAUUCAAGACCUACCCAAUCGACGAGGAGAGGAGGCAAGGCAACCAGAAACUACUGCAGGAGAUGCGGGAGAAUGAUCAUGAUUCCGAGACAGAGUCCACAGAGCUUGGGAGCGUUGUAUAGGAGCCCCGGGAGAGAAGGGCGAGCAACCAAAAGGCCACCGCUGUCCCGCGUGUUUGCAUUGGCAGGCUGGAGUGAUGAGGUCACUGGGGAGGCUGGACAGAGUUUGUGAGUGUUGGGUUUAGCUGGACUAACGGAGGAGAAAGCACAGACCACACUACUGCUACAUGAACACAAUGGCCCUAGUCUCCACAGGUUACAGAGACCCCUAGUGGACAUGCUGAGUCAUCGCUCUCUGUAGAGUACCUACUGUACUGUACUAUGUAUGUGAUUUGUGGUACUGGUUUAUCUGUUUUUGUUUGUUUACAUGAGAAACAUUAGUUGGGUAAAUGCAUGAUUAACAAUCCCAAUCAAAUUCAAGAUUUCUUUGAGAUGUUUGUCUACGUGAACCAAGGAUAUUAGGUCAAAGGGUGGGAAAGCUUUCUCUGCACUAAAACAAGACUUUCCAAUCAGCAAGAUGGUCCUCAUAGAGGGAAGCAUUAAUUUUUGGGGGGCAUAUCAGUAACUGCACUGGAUUUAUAUGGUUAUUUGCAACAAUAAAAAAUUAUUUCAAGAGGAUAGUACUCCUCUUUAGGGAUAUGGAGAGCACAUAACUGUUACAAUCUUAUUCACUGGAAUUAUAUUUGUGUCUCAUGGGGAAAAGAAAAGGAACCUUGUAAAAAAAACUAACCUUAAUGAACUCAUUAACAUUGCCAAUAAUGUGUCUGGAUUUCAGACUUACUAUAGCUAGGCUAGCUGAAUUCCACCUUAUAAUUGCUGGCUUAACAGCGCGGCUUGUAGAGUUGUACUUUGUAAACCUUGU